AUGCAACCACUCGUGCUUCACCCUCCGAGCCUCGCCACCGCCCAGUUCGGUCAGCCCCGGUUCAACUCGGGCCCAGAGCGGCUUCCGUUGAAUCGCCCUUGGUCUACCAAUGCUCGAGGGUGCAGCCCUAGGGCUUCUGUCCCCCGUCAAUCUAUGUCUGGCUCUCCUUCUGCUGAGCUGCCCUCGGUGACAUCCGGAGAACCAAAGCCGGCUUAUCCAGUAUCCUCCCCGGUGGUGGUGACGACCGAGGAGCCGGCCUCGUCGUCAACUGCUGCCGUUUCUGCCUCAUCAGUUCAGCCUGAGCAUCAGCCCGCACAGCUCCCACCCAGGUAUGGCGAGCAGAAUGCCCCGGCAUAUGUGGGUUCUCCAAGACCUCUGCCCGGGGCACCUCCGUACCCAUUAUCAACACUUGAAUCUCCAGUUCCAGGCCCGGAAACUCGUUCGUUAGCGCAAAAGUCAACACGGCGAACGAAAGCUCAUGUAGCUUCGGCAUGUGUUAACUGCAAAAAGAAGCAUCUUGGGUGUGACCCGGCACGCCCGUGCCGACGAUGUGUUCUGGCGGGCAAAGCAUCAUCGUGUGUGGAUGUCACGCAUAAGAAGCGAGGACGACCCCCGCUGAAAGCGGAGGAUUCGUCUCAUCGGCCCUAUACAUCACACAUGGAGAAUCAAGCCGUUUCCGCAGAGGUUCAGCCAUCAACGCCCUCUCAACGAAACAGCAUGCAUCGAGCUACCUCUUCUCGGGAAUUACGACCAAUGACCGACCUCCAGGCAAUGGGCGAGCCAGGACCAGUAGCCGCAGCUAUGCAGAUGCCUCGAGGCCAGCCGCAUCGAUGGUCCGCAUCUGUGUUUCCUCUAACUCGUCCGAUGGACCCUUCGACAACGAUAUCAAGCGUAGCAGGCAGACGACCGUUCUCUGCAUCCGGACCACCAGCAUAUGGAGGACCACCUCACCCACCCCCUGCUUUCGUGCCCACAUCUAGUGGUUUCAAUCCGGUUUUCAGAGUUGGAGUCAUGCCUCCAGGAAUGGAACGUCGAUUCCCACAAUACCCCAGCCCAGCCCUGCCUCCGCCUACAUCGCCCCCGCAACAUCCCCCAGCGGGUGUACCCUAUCUGUCAUACGAAUCUCCUGGCAGUACGAUCCACCAGCCAUUGAGCGACUCCCGAGUUCCCCACGGGCCGCGUGAACCAUAUCUCGAAUCCCCACUUCGACUCCCUCCAAUCCACCAGGCAACCGCGAGUACAGGGCCGGUUCAUCACCAUGCGCAUCGACUGAGCGAUCCAUAUCCAACAACCUGGAUAUCUGCCAGAGAAGAAGCCACGCGAGAGCCGCGCUCCCCAAGUCUCCAUAGACCAGCGAGCUCGGUCUUCUCCCAUUCGACGCUGCAUCAGCGAUCCUCGUCCCAAACGGGCCCUCUCGAUCCGAUCCCCCGACAUCUCGGCCCCGUCGAACUCCCAUCUCCCGUAACACUAGGGCAUUCUCCCUCAUCGGGACCACGAGCCGAAACACAGCCGAGCGCAGAAGCCGAAAACCAAGAGCCACGGCCUAUCAAAAGGCGUAAGAUGGCGCUCGAUGACAUGGUCAACGGCUAA